GGCCCCUCCUCGCGCGAACGACCCGACUUCUCGCCUCCCCUCCACGAACCCCGUCAUUGCUGCAACUUGCGACGAUAUUGUCUCGAUUUGCCCAGUAUGGCUGCUACCGCUGAUAGAUUUAUACACCUUGCGCGCCCUUUGGCACACAACGGUGGUGGUGUUCAAACCAACAUUGCCCCGCUCACAGUCAACAUCCAGCCUGAGGCUGUCCUUUCUAUUCUUGACCACGCCGUUCGCCGAGAUGUCCAAGAUGGAGCCCAGUCGACUCGCGUUAUCGGUGCUCUUGUAGGUACCCGAUCCGAAGAUGGUACCGAAGUCGAAGUACGAUCCUGCUUCGCCAUCCCUCACACCGAAGAGGAAGACCAAGUCGAAGUCGAUGUCGAAUAUCAAAAGAAUAUGCUUGCUUUGAUUCUCAAGGCUAACCCCCGCGAAUCGCUCCUCGGCUGGUACACCACCUCGCACGAACUCAACAACUUCAGCGCCUUGAUCCAGAACUUCUUCGCCAGCCCGGAUACCGGCACUUUCCCUCAUCCCGCCAUCCACUUGACCAUGUCUACUGAGCCUGGUCAGGAUAUUGGUGCCAGAUGCUACAUCAGCGCACCCGUCGCUGUCAACGCUGAGCGAGCCGCCGAAAGCUGCCUGUUUAUUCAAGUGCCUCACAAGAUGCUCUACGGAGAUAACGAGAGAAGCGCCAUGGAAGCCAUCAACAGUGCCAAGGAUUCUGAAUCCCGUACUGCUCCUAUUGUCUCCGAUAUUGAGGGUCUCGGCAAGUCGAUCGAACAGACCAUUGGCCUCUUGGACAGAGUCAGCGAAUGGGUCAGCGGCGUAUUAGAUGAGGAUGAAGAGCCCAACAAUGCUCUGGGCCAGUAUCUUAUGAACGCUCUUGCUCUUUCCCCCAAGGUUGAUGCUUCUCAAAUUGAGCAUGACUUCAACAACCACAUCCAAGACGUCCUCAUGGUCAGCUACUUGGCUAACACAAUCCGCACCCAGAUUGAUCUUUCUCAGAGACUAGCAACCGCAGCCCUGGUCACUUCUGAGAAGGACAGUGAGUCGAAGAAUGAUGGCGAGAAGGGAAGCGGUGGCCAGCGUGGUGGAAAGCGCGGCGGUCGUGGAGGUGGCCGUGGAGGUGGCCAGACUCGUGACCGUGAGCCUCGGGAACCCAAGGAGCCCAAGGAACCCAGAGAGCCCAGAGAGCCUACGGAAUAAACGAAAGAAUGACGACUUGGGAGGAACUCGGUAGCUGAACAAUACCGGAGGGCGUCAAACGCCAAAGCGGCCAGCACACAUCUCGCAAUGAAUAACGAGAUAAUACGGGUUGCUGCCUUGUUCCAAAAAUUUAAAAGAAUCAUCAUGGCGUUGUGGUUUGUCGAUAUUUCAACUUUUGAAACUUUAGAUACGAACGGAACCGUUAUUUAAUUUGAAGUUGAUUAAAAACAAAUGCUAGUCUUUAUACGUCGUGUCAUCUACAUGAAAUAGCUGUAGUCCAUACAUACAGACAGACAUUUCAAAAUAUAUAGUACCCCCUUUGAACGCCAAAAAUGCUAUGCACGCAAAUAUAUGCACCGGUUACCUUUGACCAAGCUUACAUACCAGUAGCUGGCCGUUGUGGCAACGUAGCUGGGUUACCAUAGUUUGGUAAAUUGGUGUACAUUUGGCUACUAGGCCCUUGAGGAACUGGAGGUCUAUUCGGAACAGCUCCUGAAGGAUGUGAUGAAGCCGGAUGUGGAUGCGAGCCAUGUGGAAUGGCCGGCAUGGAGGGGAAUGGCGGAGUUCCUUGCUGUGGUGAAUGGUAUGAUGGGACAGAGUUAUUAGAUCCUUGGCGUACCAUACCAUACGUACCACCAUAUGGUAUCGCUACCGCCUGCUGAUAACCAGCAUAUGCCAAGUGCGGAGUGCCGAUUUGAGGACUGCUAUGAUGUGAUCCAGGUGUAGUGAACGGUGGUUGAGGAGUUUGCUGCAUGGAUCCAGUCGGGAUGAACGACUGGGUCAUCGGGUUGAACCCAUGAUUUCUGUUAUAGCUGCCCGGAAUCGGAUGCUGACUCUUAGGAUCAUUCGGAUUUGCGUGGGCAGGUAGUUGGCCAUAUGGAUAUGGGAUUGCCCCAGCCCCAGCAGCAACUGGAGCUUGGCCACGAGCAGGGUACGUCACAGGCGAACCAGCGUAACUACUGACUGGCCAGGCAGCUUGAGGUGCACCAGUAGGCAUUGGGGCAACAUAUGGCGCCAUCGGGCUUCCUGCUGGCGGGAAGGGCUGUUGAGGUGCUUGUGGUGCGUACUUACAAUAGUUAGCUUGUGGAAAUACUAUCAACAUCAAUAAUUAUCUUACCUGUACUGAAGGGUAUGCUCCGAACGCAGGUGGCUGGGCUGUAGCCGGCGCUCCAGGAUAUGAUUGUGCUUGUUGCCCAUAAACGGGUGGCGAAGGACCAAUAUAGACGGGAGUUUGGGAAGGAUAUUGGGCGGUUGGACUUGGAUAUUGAGCCUGGACCUGAGGCUGAGGAACCCAGGUUUGCUGCUGCGGACCCCAGUAUGGCGUAUACUGAUGUCUAGAGUCAAAUCCAUCGGAAUCAUCACGUCGUUGUUUAACCUGUCUGCCUUUCUUGCUGAUAGUUGAUCGAUUUGCCGAAAUGGAGCUGGUUCGUGACAUGCCGGUUGCACCCUCAGUGUCUAGCGUUGUUAGAGUAAGUUUCAGAGAUGGACAUAUCCACAUACCUGGAGAUGCUUCUUCAGAGUUUCCAAAGAUACGCUCUCGCGCCAGCUUAUACAUUUCUUCUCGUUGCUCACGAGACAAUCUAUCACUAGUUAGCAUAUAAGCUACUCCAGAAGACCGUCCAGUAUAUACUUUGGAUUAGAAGCCGAUGUCUUUUCUUUUGCAUCCUUAAGCUCGCUGCCCGCCUCAGAAGCAGCUUUCGAUGGACUGGUGCUGGUUGGGCCACUGUCACCCUCCUGCCCACGACGCAUUAUCUUCCGUGGGAGCACUGCAGGGGGAGGAGUGCUGCUAGUAGAAGCACUCAUUUCUGGAACCAUUAGUGCCAACGAUGGCGGCACUCUACAAAACGGUGUACGGAAGAUGCGCACAGAGCCGAUAUGAGGCUCGUAUGAGUGUGUCAUAUGAUAGUAGUCGGCCAGCUUGUGUGUCAACAUUCGGCAGAAUGAGUUCGAUGGGGGCAAGUCCAUGUAUGGCUCCCUAGAAGUAAAAUAGUCAGCUAAUGUUCACGGUAUUGCCUUGUAGAAACGAUAUUACGUACUUUGAAUUUUGAACAAAAUCCAUGACGUCCUUCUCCAGGCGCAACAGAAAAUACCGGUCGCGUGGGGUUGCUAAAGCGUCAAGUAAUUUAUCGUCCGGUGCUUGGCGAUAUAUAACGUUCAGUGCAUCGCCCGAAUUUCCAUCCGGAGGCUGCUCUGAGGAAGCGCUUUGAGGUGUCAUAAUACCCUGUGAUUGUCCACCUAGCGCUGCAUGCGGGUGCCGCAAGUCAGCGACUGCACUCCCUCGAGCACGGGCUGCAGCUUCUGAACCAAUGCGCGAGCCUGCUAAUAACGAUCCAGUAUCAUCAUCUUCGGCCGCUGCCUUGACACUAGCGCUGUCAUCAGGUCUGAGAGACUCUUUUUCGUCCAGUGCGAACGUAGUCCCAGAUGCUAUGCUCUUGCCAUCCAAACUGGGUGGCUUGUGCUCUAGAUCAGAUACAGAGUCUGGCCGAUUUGAGUCGCCAGAUAUGCUGCUCUGAUUUAUGCCACUGGAGCUUGGAGUUAACGAAGCUAGACCGCUGCCAUCUACGACCAGAUUGGGUCCACCGCUGGCAAUAUGCAACUGCUGAAGAUUGGCGACUGUAGCAUCCAUCGUUGAUUCUGCUUCUUUCGAUCCUGUUCGCCGAACAACCAUCCCAGGUGUUGUGUUAUGUCCCACAAUGAUAGGACCUGUUGCUUGCACAGCCGCAUCCGCAGUUGCCUUGCGCGACGUAUGCCGUUCGUUUGGGGACUCCCUUCCAGGUGUCAAAUCAGAUCGUCCGACGUUAGCCGCAAU